AUGAAAUCAGUCCUCCGAUCCGCAGCAGUAGCUGCAUUUGCUCUCCUCACCACGCUGGGCCAGGCCGCGCCAGCACCCCUCUGGAAGCGGGAUCUCAAGUUCGACUACAACAACCAAAAAGUCCGUGGUGUCAACCUCGGCGGCUGGCUCGUCCUGGAGCCAUGGAUAACACCCUCGAUGUUCGAGCAGUGGUCUGAUGGCAACAGCGUCAAGGACGAGUACACUCUAACCCAGACGCUUGGCAAGGACGAGGCCAGGAACCGGCUCCAGAGGCACUGGGCCUCAUGGAUCACCGAGGACGAUAUGUACCAGAUUGCGCGCGCGGGCAUGAACCACGUUCGCAUUCCGGUCGGCUACUGGAGCGUCAUUCCCCGUGACGAAGACCCGUACGUGCAGGGCGCGUACGACUGGCUCGGUGCGGCGUGUGACUGGGCGGCUGGUGCUGGGCUAAAAGUUAUGAUUGACCUGCACGGUGCCCCCGGCUCCCAGAACGGCUUCGACAACUCCGGCCGCUGGGGCAAGAUCGAAUGGACCCAAGGUGACACCGUGGCACACACCAUCAGAGUCCUCAAUAAGAUCCGGGACGACUUCGCCUCCCACUCCGCGGUAGCAGCCAUCGAGCUCCUCAACGAGCCCAUGGGACCCCAACUCGACAUGAACGUCGUGCGGCAAUUCUACAUGGACGGCUGGGGCAACCUGAAGGACUCAAACGUCGCCAUCACCUUCCACGAAGCCUUCACCGGCGUGUCCUCCUGGGGCAACUGGGGCGCAGGCAUGUGGAACCUCCUGCUCGACACGCACCACUACGAAGUCUUCGACCUCGGCAUGCUGGCCAUGAGCCCCCAGGACCACGUGCGGACCGCCUGCGAAUACGGCAAACAGAUGGCCAGCACAGGCAAGUGGACCAUCUCCGGCGAGUGGACGGGCGGCAUGACGGACUGCGCCAAGUGGCUCAACGGGCUGGGCAAGGGCGCCCGCUACGAUGGCACCUUCCAGGGCUCCAGCUACGUCGGCAGCUGCGACAGGAAGUACUCCGGCACAGUGGCUGGCCUGUCGAACGAGGAGAAGGAAAACAUUGGCCGCUACAUCGAGGCGCAGCUUGAUGCGUACGAGAGAGCUAGCGGCUGGAUCUUCUGGACGUGGAAGACGGAAGGAGCGCCCGAGUGGGACAUGCAGGACUUGCUCGCGAACGGCAUCUUCCCUCAGCCAUUGGACUCCAGGAAGUACCCUGGCCAGUGCGGCUACUAG